AUGCUAACCCACUACACGGGCAUGAACCCGGGCGAUGUUCCAGGUAACCUCCCGGAUCCUUACUACUGGUGGGAAGCUGGAGCAAUGUUUGGCGCUUUAAUCGAUUACUGGUACUAUACGGGCGACGAUACGUGGAACAAUAUCACGAUGCAGGGCCUGCUGUGGCAGGCUGGGGACUCGGGAACAUUCAUGCCUUCGAACCAGACACGGACGGAAGGGAACGACGACCAGGGAUUCUGGGCCUUUGCUGCCAUGUCAGCUGCGGAACGAGGCUUUCCGAAUCCCCCCGAUGACCAUCCAGGAUGGUUAGCAAUGGCGCAGGCGGUGUUUAAUACGCAGGCCCGCCGAUGGGAUACCUCGACCUGUGGCGGGGGGUUGAGAUGGCAGAUUUUCACUUGGAACAAUGGGUACACAUACAAAAAUACAAUAUCCAAUGGGUGUUUCUUCAAUCUUGCGGCUCGACUGGCUAAAUAUACUGGAAACCAGACAUACGCAGAUUGGGCGACAAAAGUAUGGGACUGGACACGGGAUGUUGGGUUCCUGACAGAUGAUUACAUGUUCUAUGAUGGAGCAGAUGACGUCUCGAAUUGCACCCAUUUUGACAAGAUCCAGUGGACAUAUAAUCCCGGUGUAUAUCUUCUGGGAGCGGCAAGCAUGUAUAACUUUACCAACGGGGAUCCUAUGUGGAAGGAACGAACAGAGCAGAUUAUCAACUCGACAAGCAUCUUUUUUGUCAACAACCCAAAAGAUGUCCUACAGGAGCGAGCCUGUGAGCCUGUGAACACCUGCGAGGUCGACCAGCGUUCCUUCAAGGGCUACCUAGCACGGUGGAUGGCCGCUUCCACCCAGAUGGCUCCGUUCACGUACGACACUGUUAUACCUAGACUACGAGCAUCAGCUACUGCAGCCGCUAAGACAUGUACAGGGGGGGCGGAUCAGGCGGCUUGCGGGCUCAAAUGGACUGCAGAGAAGUGGGAUGGCGAGCAGGAUGUCGGGAUACAAAUGGCUGCCCUGGAGGUAAUGCAGUCGACACUCGUCACUAAAACAGACCCUCCCCUAUCACAGAAUCACGGAGGAACCAGUAAGGGCAAUCCAGGGGGGGGAGCAGGCACUCCCCCGCCUGUCGCGCCGGAUAUAAUUACGAGAAAAAUCACAACUGCGGAUAGAGCAGGGGCUGGCAUUGCAGGCGUGGUGGAGAAUCCCGGACCGGACUUUACAGUCAAGGUUGAAUCAGUCCCAGUCCCUCAGCCAGGUCCCAAUGAUAUCCUUGUUCGCCUAAAUGUCACUGGCCUCUGUCAAUCGGAUGUGCACUACAUGCUCGGUGACAUAGGGCUAAGCAUGUCAAAGUUCGGCGUUCGUUCCCCAGGACAUGAAGGUGCAGGUAUUGUUGUAAAAGUGGGAGCAAACGUCACCAACUUCAAGGUAGGUGACCGUGCUGGCAUUAAGCCCAUGAUGGACACUUGUAAUUCCUGCAGCCUAUGUUGGGAUGACAAGGAGACUUAUUGUCGGAAGGCCAUCUAUACCGGGAUGAUGGUUCCAGGAACCUACCAACAAUAUCUUGUUUCGCCAGCCCGAUAUGCCAGCCCAAUCCCAGAUGGAAUUCCCGAUGAGAUUGCUGCACCUAUCAUGUGUAGUGCAUCUACUAUUUACCGUUCUAUCCAGGAAUCUCGGUUGGAACCCGGUGACUGGGCUGUUUUCCCCGGGGGUGGAGGUGGUGUUGGCAUCCAAGGGGUCCAGCUUGCACACGCUAUGGGCAUGAGACCUGUCGUCGUGGACACUGGGGAUGAAAAACGCUCCCUAGCCUUACAAAUGGGAGCAGAAGCGUUUGUAGACUUCAAGGAAGUUUCCGACCCUGCUGAGGCUGUGAUGCAGAUCACGGAUGGUGUGGGAGCGCACGGAGUGUUUGUUACUGCGCAGGCGGCGUACCCUACAGCUGUAGCGUACCUUGGAAAAAGAAUCGGCGGCACAAUCAUGUGUAUUGGCCUAGCAGCGACGGGUUCAAUAAAGCUUGAGCUCGACCCAAAUCUCUGUAUUAAGCAAAAUAUCAGAGUCCAGGGGACCAUGGUGGGAAGCCGACGCGAUACAGCUGUGGCAUUUGAUUUCGCGCAGAGAGGCAAGCUCAGACAAAUUUGUGAAGUGUAUCCCAUUGAUAGGCUACCUGAAGCAGUAGAAAAACUGCGUAAGGGGCAGGUUGCUGGUCGAAUUGUUAUAGAUUUCAACCAGUAG